GGGGGUCCCGGGGGGAUCCCGGGGGUCCCGGAGCCAUGGGCGAAUGGACGAUCCUGGAGCGGCUGCUGGAGGCGGCGGUGCAGCAGCACUCCACCAUGAUCGGCAGGAUCCUGCUGACGGUGGUGGUGAUCUUCCGCAUCCUGAUCGUGGCCAUCGUGGGCGAGACGGUGUACGAGGACGAGCAGAGCAUGUUCCUGUGCAACGCGCUGCAGCCGGGCUGCAACCAGGCCUGCUACGACCUGGCCUUCCCCAUCUCGCACAUGCGCUACUGGGUUUUCCAGAUCCUGCUGGUGUGCACGCCCAGCCUCUGCUUCAUCACCUACAGCGUGCACCAGGCCGCCAAGCGCGGCGGGCACCGGGGGCAGCGGGGACAGCGGGGACAGCGGGGACACCGGCGCUGCGCCUUCCUGCGCCCGCUGCUGCGCCCGCGCCGGCGCCGCGGGGACACGGAGGGGGACACGGAGGGGGACAUCCGUGGGGACACCCGUGGGGACAUCGAGGGGGACACCCGCGGGGACGCGGAGCGCAGCGGCGGCGGCGCCAAGGGCAGGCGGCACGAGGGCAUCUCCCGCUUCUACGUCAUCCAGGUGGUGUUCCGGAACGCCCUGGAGAUCGGGUUCCUGGGUGGACAAUAUUUCCUGUACGGGUUCAAGGUCCCGGCCAUCUUCGAGUGCCGCCGCUACCCGUGCCUCAAGGAGGUGGAGUGCUACGUCUCGCGCCCCACCGAGAAGAGCGUCUUCCUGGUGUUCAUGUUCGCCGUCUCCGGCGUCUGCGUCCUGCUCAACCUGGCCGAGCUCAACCACCUGGGCUGGCGCAAGGUGCGCGCCGCCGUCAGGGGGGCCCGGGCGCGGCGCCGCUCCCUGCCCGGGGACGCCGGGAUAACGGGAAUGACAGGGAUAACGGGGACAGGGAUAACGGGGACGGCGGGGAUAACGGGGACAGGGAUAACGGGGACAGGGAUAACGGCAGGGAUAACGGCGACAGGGAUAACGGGGACGAUGGGAAGGACCCAGUCCAGCGAGUCAGCCUACGUGUGA